AUGUCUGCUAAGACUACUAUUGAACAAGCUUUGACAGAUAGUGCUGUUCGACAAACUGCAGAGAAUGAUGGAUGGUCAAUGGACGUCAAGCAAGAUAGCAAUGAUCCGAAUAAAUACAUUGUUAGAUUGAGGAGACCAGAAGGGUCUAGUGGUGCUGCAACCAGAGUCAACCAAGCACUUCAACGAUCUAAGAGGACGCUCAAAAAAGUUGAAAUCAAAGCCGAUCGGAAUGGAAACGUUGAUUUGGCAGUAGCUCACCAGGCAGUUUUGAAUGGAUUUCAUUCAGCAUUUAAUUCAAUAGAGUAUCGUAACUGGUCAAACAAAAGGAUGAAAGCAGCAUGGGAUGCAGAACAAGCUCGAAAACAUGGCGGGCCGUCAGCCUAG